AUGGAAAAUUUGGAACAAACAAUAACCGAAUCACUUUUCAAUAUCCUUGAAGGUGAAAAAGAAGUUGACCACGUUGAUGUUAUAUUUAAAGACCUUCCAGUUGAACUAAACGAGAAAGCUCAAGAGAUAGUUCUUGAUACCCUAUGGACUUACGAUCAUGAUAUUGUUCCUAUCAACACGAGGGACAGACUUGUAAAACUCGUUAAAAGAUUACAUAUACUCAGGCUAGCCGACGUUAGAGCAAUUAAAACAAAACUUGAAGUACCUCUUUUAGAGGCCGCCGAAGUCGUUGAACCUCAAGUCUGGGGUCGAAAAUGCAUUCGAAUCAAUACUGCCCUGACGUAUAAGCAACAAAAGUAUAAUCUUUUACGAGAAGAAUCCGAAGGCUACGCAAAGCUAUUACAUGAAAUAAAUUUAUAUUGUAUUAUAAAUAAUGGAGUUAACGAUGAAACAUUGAAUCAACGGGCAAAUACUUUAUUAGAAACGAUAAAGACAUUAAUAGAUCCUAAUCGCGUCUUAGAUAUAAUACUAGAUGAAUUUGUUUAUAAUGUCAAACCUCAUCAUGAAUUCUUUUUACGAUUGCUCGAAAUUUCACCUUGGCAACCUUCAGAUUUUGCUAAUAAAGACAAAGGAAUUCCUAUUUCCGAUGAUUGGUCAAGAGAUUCGGGUAACCUUAACUGCGCUGAACUUCUAGCUACAAAAUAUACGAGAUAUGAAGGACCUGAUAUGGAUCAGGACAUUUAUCAAUCCCUCUAUAUCACCUCUGCACUUUUGAUCAAUCGUGGUCUGGUCAAGAUAUCCGAUCUUUAUCCCCAUAUUAAAAGUCCUCCAGUUCCUCCAACUACAAAAAGUUCAAAUUCUUUUUCUGGAAUGGAAGAUGAUUCUUCUUUUCCUUCAAAUAGAGAACAACAUCAAAAAGGAUUAGUAUGUGCUCUUUUGGAGAUUGGAGAUUUCCAACAUGCAUGUUACUUAUUAUUACAGUUAGAAUCAUUGGAUGAGCACAUUGCAAAAUAUCUCUGUGAGAUUCUCAAAUUAUCAAUUUUUAAAAUCUACAAUCCAAUUGCUCCCAUUAAAUUAAAAGAACCUAAAGUUGGUUCUCACAUUGGAACAUGGUAUAAACGUUGGAAAGAGGGAUUUCCUGUAUUUUAUAAAUUUGAAGAUUUAUUUGAAGCGAGUGGUCGAUUACUUAUUGGAUUAAUAGGUCCUUGGUUCGCUAAAAAUUUAAUUUUAUUAUCUUGGAUUUUAAGAAUUUGUUAUAAUCAUAUCGUUGAAGCAAGAAAGUCCAAAAAUAAUAAAAAUAAUUUGAAAUAUAUUGAAUCAAAUUGGUGGGACAUAAUAAGAAUAACGAUAUUACCGGCAAUGACAAUGUCCGGUAUGACAGUUGGAGUAUUAAAUGAAGUAUGGGAUAUACUGAAAUUUUUUCCAGUUGAAAAUCGUUUCGGACUUUGGAGUGAAUGGAGAAGGGUUUAUGAUCAACAUGAACCAUUAAGAGAACGAAGAAAGAAAGCAACAAAAAAACUUAUCAAAUUUACCAAUGCGAUGACAUCAGAAGAUUAUAAACAAAAGGCUCGAGAAAUAGCUUUAGUUACUCACUCAAGACCUACGGUGGCAUUUGAUUUUAUUCUUAGAAAAGUUAAAAUGAAUCCAGAUUUAAUAGAUGGAAUGGUCGAAGUCUGUAAAUAUUUAACAAGAAUGGAUUUCGAUGUUUUGACUUACAUGUUUGUUGAAAGCAUAAUAGAGGAGUCAAGACCAAAGCUUAAAGAAGAUGGAGUUAAUCCUAGUGACUGGAUGUAUCGAAUGGCGAUAUUUAUUGGGAAGGUUUGCAGUAAAUACGAAAGAUUUGAUAGUGAAAACAUUGCCAUUAUACUUGAAUACGUCUUAAUUAAAUUACGAGAGCAAUACACCGAAAUCCCAUCAGAUACUGAUUUAAUUAUAAUGGCGGGUGGAGAGCAUUUACGAGAUACCAAAUUAUUUAAUCGCAAUGUUAUAAAAAGUUAUCGAAAAGCUUCAAUGCGAUUAGCUAAUGCACUCAUGUCUAAGGGAAUUGUCACUGAAUUUGCAGCGUUACUUGCACAAAUGACUCAAAGUGUUCCAUUUGAUAUUGAAGUAUCUUCCACUCUUGAUCUUAAAUCGGUUAUUGGUCGAGCUGAUAUAUGUCGCCGAACUUUCAUACAAUAUGUAGAUUUUUUGGCGGUUACAUUAGAUAUGGAAAAAUUCGCUUUGAUCGUUCCUUCAAUAAUUGAACUUUGUAAAGUAUAUGCUUUAAAACCGGAAUAUGCAUUCAGCAUUCUCAGACCCUUUCAUAAUCAUUUUCUAAAGAAAAAGAGUCACAAGUCAAGGGAAUCUAAAAAUAUAGGAAAACAUUCAACACCUGAGAGAACACAUGAGACAUCAAAGCAAAAUGGACACUCCGAUUUAUCCAGGCAAGUAGUUACGGACGCAAAUAAUACCUCUGAAUCGGAGCCGAUGAUUUGGCGAUAUCCCUUGUAUCAACUUUUUGAUCAAGUCAAAGAAAUUUUACCACCUUAUGUGUGGAAUGGGAUUAGUCCGUCCUUUUACACUUCUUUUUGGCAAUUGUCAUUAUAUGAUUUAGAAUUUCCUCGAGCUGAAUAUAACAAAGCAAUACAAGAAUGUCAAAAUCAUAUAAUGGAUGAUGUUAGCAAGGACGUAAAUAAAUACACUAAAAUUUUAAAAUAUUUGGAGGAUGAAUAUGUUGAACAUGGUCAGCACAUGAAAGCGAUCGAAGAACGGCUUAAGAUUGAAAAGGAGCAUUGGUUUUCGGGUCAAUUUUCUAACCGUCAGGACAUUAUAACUCAAUUAUGGCAAUAUUGUCUGUUUCCUCGUCUACUCAUAUCACCAGAUAAUGCAAUUUUUUGCGCCAAAUUUAUUGAAAGAAUGCAUAAAAUUGGAACGGCAAAUUUUUCGACCUUGACCCUUUAUGAUAGAAUAUUCGCAGAUCAAUUACAAUUAAUUACUUUCACUUGUUCUGAAGCAGAAGCUCGGAAUUAUGGUCUUUUUCUUAAAACAAUAUUACAGUCUUUAAGUAGUCUUCACAGAGACGAAAAAAUUUAUAAUGAAAUUGGCAAAGGGAAAGGAAUUCCUGGAUUCCAAAUGAAAUGGAGUUCCCAGAAUCGUCAACCUGCAAGCGUUUCAGAAACAGAUUUAUUAGGAUUCCAAGAUUUUAGAAGGGUAUUCUAUAAAUGGCAUUCAAAGCUUUACAAGGCAUUUGAACAAGGUCUUCAAUCACAAGAAUACCUUUCUUUAAGAAAUUCAAUUAUUGUAAUAAGUACAAUACAUGAAUACUUCCCGGCUAUUGACAUUUUUGGCAAAAAGGUUGAAAAUUUAAUUAAGAAUGUAAUAUCGGAUCAACAUAAUAAAUGGAAAGAUAUUGAAGUUUUAGCCAUAAGUUAUUCGGCAAGGCUACAAUCUGACAAAAAGAAUUGGGUUGGUCUUGAAGAUUUCCGUCAUACGGAAAAUAAUCAACAGAAUUCUAGACCAGGUUCUUCUGCUUCACAAGGAAAUCACUCAACAUCUGCGCAAAAAAUAGCUCAAAGUCAUGUGGUUAACAGAGUCAGUAGUCCUCUUCCUAAUGUUAAAAGUGCCCAUUCUUCACCUUCUCAUCCAAAUACGAUGAUAAGGACUGAUAGUCCUAGAAGACAAAUUCAUCCUUUACCAGAUAAGCCUCAAGAUCGUAUUCAAGUUCGUGAAAAAGAACGCGAUAGGGAACGGGAAGAAGAUCGUGAUAAGAAUAGAAUGAAAGAUAAAAAAGAAAUUAUGAAUGACCGCGAAAAGGAUAUUAAGAGAAUCGAUGAUCAUAAAGAUGCCAAAAAGUCUUCUGAUCAUCAUGAACGCGAUCGAGGAAGGGAUCGUGAUCGUAAACCCGAGAUUCUUAGAUUAGAUGGUGAAAAAAGGAAAGCCAGUAAAGAAAGGCUUCUAAUGGAUGAUCGCAACAAGAGAGCUGAUUACCAUCCUCGACCGAGAGACCGUGAUAUUCGUGAUCGUGAAGAUAAGGUAAAGGAACGUGAAAAACGUGAAGAUCGUCGUGAGGAUCGUCGCGAAGAUAAGCACCGUGACCGUCAUCGUAAUGAUAAUGGACGUAGUAGGCGUCAUUUAGAAGAUAACCUUACACGCCGUCCUCGUAAAAAUGACCAUGAUUUAAUUGAUCGAAAUAUUCGAGACGAUCGAGAUAUGCCAUUUACAAGGAAUGAUCGCGGUGAUAGAUCUAUUGCUGGUCCCUCUAAGAAACGAGAUCGUUCAGAAAGGGAUCGUGAUGAAGAACCAGAUAUGAUUUCACUCAGUAAAAAACGAACGAUUCGAACCGAAGGAAUGGGUGGACCUAUUCCUUAUCCUUCGAAUCCUAAAAAGAGAGAAAGAGUUGAUAGGGAAAUUGAAGAAGAACCCGAAUCUAUUACAUUAAAGAAAGGAGGAUUGCCUCCCAUUCCACGUCCACCUGUAAAAUUAAAUCGCUCAGUUGAACAUAUUACAGAAUUAAUGCAGCCAAUGCCAUUUGGAAAAGGGGACAAACGUAGACGUUAUUAA